CUGGCGAGGAACCGCGGCAGCCACACCGAAACCCGGGCAACUUCUGCGCUCCGGCGCCGGAGUCUCCAAGGGCUGCUUUUCCUUCCUCUCUAAGCGGCUUCUCCCUCGUGCUCUUUCAUGCCAGCCAAGGCCUUCGCGCCGCCUCGGUUCCUCGGGCUCCCGCCGGCUCACCAAGGUGCCGCCGAGCUGGACAUGCAUUUCUCCUUCAGCGAGGAAGACAUUAAGCGGCACCGGCUGUUGGCCAAGUCGGUGAGUUUUGAAGUGGAAAAUGGCCCAUCUCCAGGUCGCAGCCCCCUGGAUUCCCAGGCCAGCCCUGGAUUGGUGCUUCACCCCAGCUUUCCACAAAGCCAAAGGCGUGAGUCCUUCCUAUAUCGUUCGGAUAGUGACUACGACAUGUCGCCAAAGACCAUGUCACGGAACUCCUCCAUUGCCAGUGAAGCGCACACCGAAGACCUGAUAGUGACACCAUUUGCCCAGGUCUUGGCAAGCUUGAGGAGCGUACGUAAUAAUUUCUCCAUCCUGGCAAAUGUUCCUACGCCGACAUCCAAUAAGAGAUCUCCCUUGGGCGGCCAGCCAGCUGUUUGCAAAGCCACACUCUCAGAAGAGACAUACCAACAACUAGCCAGAGAGACCUUGGAGGAGUUAGACUGGUGUCUUGACCAGUUAGAGGCCAUUCAGACGUAUCGCUCUGUCAGUGAGAUGGCAUCUAACAAGUUCAAAAGAAUGCUGAACCGUGAAUUAACCCACCUCUCUGAAAUGAGUCGUUCUGGAAACCAGGUGUCUGAGUACAUUUCCAGUACCUUCUUAGACAAGCAGAAUGAUGUGGAUAUCCCAUCCCCAACACAGAAAGAGCGGGAGAAGAAGAAGCGGCAGCAACCCAUGUGCCAGAUCAGUGGGGUCAAGAAACUCACGCACAGUUCCAGCCUGACCAAUUCCAGCAUUCCCCGCUUUGGGGUGAAAACAGAUCAAGAAGAGCUGCUCAGUAAGGAACUGGAAUAUCUAAACAAGUGGGGCCUUAACAUUUUCCGGGUUGCUGACUAUUCCAACAAUCGGUCGCUCAGCUGCAUCAUGUAUACAAUAUUCCAGGAAAGAGACUUGCUGAAAACUUUUAAGAUCCCCGUGGACACGUUAGUCACUUAUAUCAUGACACUAGAAGACCACUACCAUGCUGACGUGGCCUACCACAACAGUCUCCAUGCUGCUGAUGUCACUCAAUCUACGCACGUCCUCCUAUCUACACCGGCCUUGGAUGCUGUCUUCACUGACCUGGAGAUCUUGGCUGCAAUCUUCGCGGCUGCCAUUCAUGAUGUGGAUCAUCCUGGUGUCUCCAACCAAUUUCUGAUCAACACCAAUUCCGAGCUAGCAUUGAUGUACAACGAUGAGUCUGUUCUGGAGAACCACCACCUAGCUGUGGGUUUCAAGUUGCUGCAGGAAGAGAACUGUGACAUCUUCCAGAACCUGAGCAAGAGACAGAGACAGACCUUGCGCAAGAUGGUCAUUGACAUGGUCUUGGCUACUGACAUGUCCAAACACAUGAGUCUCUUGGCUGAUCUGAAGACAAUGGUCGAGACCAAGAAAGUGACCAGCUCAGGAGUGCUUUUGCUGGAUAAUUACACCGACAGAAUACAGGUCCUACGGAACAUGGUUCACUGUGCAGACUUGAGCAACCCCACAAAGCCUUUGGAGUUGUAUCGGCAAUGGACAGACCGGAUCAUGGAGGAGUUCUUCAGGCAAGGCGACAAAGAACGGGAGCGGGGCAUGGAGAUCAGCCCUAUGUGUGACAAGCACACAGCCUCUGUGGAGAAGUCACAGGUGGGAUUCAUUGACUAUAUUGUGCACCCAUUGUGGGAGACAUGGUCCGACCUUGUCCACCCUGACGCACAAGACAUUUUGGACACUCUUGAGGACAACAGGGACUGGUAUCACAGCAUGAUCCCCCAGAGCCCCUCUCCACCUCCAGAUGAUGCCGAGAAGGACGAAGAGGCCUGUCUAGAGAAAUUCCAGUUCGAAUUGACGCUGGAGGAGGAAGGAGAGUACUCAGAACCAUCUGAGAAGGACCACAGCAGUCCUGGAGACGAGGACAACAGCUACUACACAGCCACAGAAGAACAACACGACUCCCAGGACGGGCAGGACAGACGAACGGACAGUACAGCAGUUGGCACAUCACUUGGCACGUCAUGACUCUGGGAAGAGACAACUGAAGAAAACAAGCUCCCCUACAGAGACACACACGGUGGUUUUCAUGAGGGAGGGGUGGGGAUAAAAAAAAAUGGAAAAAAAACUCAUUUUUUUAUUUUUAUUGUAUUUUUUAUAAAAUGAAAACUAAGAAAAAAAAUGUAGGGGGGGAUGGGGAACACACACAACAACUGUAGAACCAGGUUGGCCCCAGCAGAGGGUCGUAGCCUGCUGCUGUAGUAACUGGCCCUAAGCCAGUGUUUCUCAAUCUUGGCAACUUGAAGA